AUGGGAAUCCUUUGCCUGGUUUUGGUGGUCUUGCAACUUUCAUGGAGUUUGUCUUUCUCUGUUCCUCCACCAUCCUUUCAUUUAUGUCUUCCACACCAAAGAGAUGCUUUGCUCCAUUUUAAAACUACCAUUUCUGUUGAUUGUUAUUUUAAUUAUGAUAGUGAUUAUCAAGAUCCUUACCCCAGGAUAGACAUAGAGUCAUGGAGCAAAAGCAUUGAUUGUUGUUCAUGGGACGGAGUGAAAUGCGACAAUGUGACUGGUCAUGUAAUCGGCGUCGAUCUUAGUCAGAGUUGCCUUGUUGGUUCUCUCUUUGCAAACAACAGCCUCUUUCAACUUCACAAUCUCCAAUGGCUUGACUUGAGCUCCAACAACCUCAGAGGCUCUCUUCUUGAGAACACCAGCAGCUUGUUUCACUUUCAUGGCCUCCAACGACUCAACCUUGCUGAUAAUGAUUUCAAUGGCACCAUCUCAUCAAAGUUAUUUAGCCAGUUGGUGAGUUUAACCCAUCUUAAUAUCGCUGGUAAUGGCUUAAUCUCGAGAUUUGAUGUCCAAGGUUUUGACAUGCUUGUAACAAACUUGACCAAAUUAAGAAACCUUGUACUUAAUGGUCUUGAUAUGUCUGAUGUUGCACUUACUUCCUUUCUAAACUUGUCUUCAUCCCUUGAACAUUUGAGUCUCUCACAUUGUCAAUUACAUGGGGAAUUUCCAAUUCAAGUUUCUCAGCUUCCAAACCUCAAAUAUUUAGAUUUAAGCGAGAAUGAAAAUCUCACAGGUUAUCUCCCUAACACAAACUGGAGUACUGGCCUUGAGUUGUUGGACCUUUCCCAUUGUGGUUUUAGGGGGCCAAUUCCAGCAACAUUUGGAAAUCUCACUAAAAUCAUUUUCGUUUAUUUACAACGAAAUUCGCUUGAAGGACAGAUUCCAGAUGUUUUUGGAGACCUUUGA